AUGAUAACUUUUAAAGUCAUAUUACCAGAUUAAUCAGAAGGGGAAUAUCAAAUUUCUAAAACUUCAAGUGUUAAGGAAUUUAUCCAAAUCAUAAGGGAGUAGAAUUCGGAUAAGGAUUGGAAUAAUUAGGAACUAGAGUUACAUUUAUUUGAUUAAUUACUCAAAGAGGAAGGAUCAGUAGAUAAAAUCAUCUGUAAUCAUUAAAUUGAUAGUUUAACCUUGAAGGCAAGGAAGAGAGAAGGAAUCAAAAAAUUAAAAACAUUUGUAUCCUAGUUUUUGAUAAAAAUGUCGGAAAAGACAGAAUCUGGCAUGAAUGGAUUUAAAAUUGCUUUGAAGAGAAGCACUUCAAUAUAAGAAUUGCCAAAAACGAUAGAAAAAAGAAAUAUUAGAAAGUUAUUGACAUUCUUGUAAGUCGCCACCAAUAAAAUAGUAUAGACAUCAAGGUAAAAAUCGUAAACUUUUGCUGAAAAAGUUUAAUAGAAUGAAAAAGGGAAACAUUUAACUACAAGUUAAGAUCCCAGUCUAAUAAAUCAAGAGGAGGAUCCCAUUAAAAAUAAUAAUGACACUGUGUUAGGAUUAUUGGAUCAUCUUGAAAAGCCGAAUAACCAGAAUUUUUAUCACAAGCAUAACGAAUCUUAAGCUAAACCUAAGUCAUUAAGUCCAGAGGCUAGGAAAUACUUGGAAAGGAAGAAGAAGGCCAUCGAAAAUCUGAAUGAUCCAAUACAAUCAGCAAAAGCUAAAUAGUUGGUUGCUGAAUUAAAAAGACAAAGAAGAGAAUUAGAAGAAAGGAAGAAUAAAUAAUUGCAUAACGAAUCUGAUCAACUUGAGGAAAGCAUUGAGAAAUAUAAAAUGGAAAGAGAAUAAGAGAAGGAGUAUCUCAAUUAAGAGAAGCGAUAGAAAAUAAUGGAAAGAUUAUCAUAAAUGCAGAAACAUCAAGAAUUAUAAUUACAAAGAAACUAACACCAGAAAUAGAUUAUUAAUGAGUUGAAAAACAAAGAAAGAGAGAAAAGGAAACAAUAAGAGGACAGAGAGGAAAUCUUAAAAAAGUAAUAUUAUGAAGAUGCCAAGAUGAAAUUACAACAAAGAAAAAAACUAGCUGUUCCUAUCCGAUUAGAAGAAAUUAAUAAACAUGAGGAGGAUUAUCUAAAUAAGAAAUAGCUAUUAAAGUUAGAGAAGGAUUAGAAGAAAUUAGAAAGGGAGAUUGUAAUAUAACAAGAAACAAAGUAAAUCUAUAAGGCCAAAGAUAUUUUAUAAAAAGUCAUUGAUGUGGAUUCCAAAUUCAAAAACAAAGAUGUGGUGGAAAAAUAAUAAAAAGCUGAAAAACUAUUAAGAAAAUAAAAAUACGCAGAGAUAGUUAAAGAAUAUCAUAAGCCAAACAUUAAGGUUUAAACAGACAUUCAAUUUAGUAGAGCUUAGCAUAACAAAUCUGACAAUUCAUUACAAGAAGAAUAUAUUGAUUUUUUGAAAGAAGGAGAAGGAAAAUAGAGUGCAACAAAAGUAGACUCAAUUCGUAAUAAAUUGCACAGAUAGGCAUAAUAAGGAUCAGAAAGGAAUGUACAUAAAAUUUAGAAUGUUUUGAAUCUUUAGAAGGUACAAAAAACAAAAGUGACAGAAUCAUUGUAAAAAGGGUUUGUACCAAAUCCAUCAGUUUAUUACCAACCAAAACCAAUGAAGAGUGAAGCCUAAUUGGAAGAUCUAUAAAAGAAGAAGCCAAUAAACUAUUUGAAAGAAUUAGAAUAAGAGAGAAUGAAUUAGUAAGGAAGGCUAGGUUAAUUAAAAAGCAAUAGUGUUCCAAGAUUGCAAUAGGAUUACCGAUCAAUUAUGGAGAGAGGCAAACGGUAUGAAAAAGAGGCUUAACGAAAAGAACAUCAAGCGUAUUAUUUGAAUGAUGAGAAACUGAAGGAAGAGGCAGACGAUUUAUUUUUAAAAAGUGUUUAAGAAAAAAUAAGAUUCUUAGAGAAGAUUUGA